AUGCAACAUUUGCAAAGACUUGUAUUAAUAUAUCUUAUAGCCGCAGUGCCAGUAUCAAAACAGUCACUGGAACACAAUUUUCUUACAAAUGACUUCGAUUCAAGCAAUGGCUGUAUAUCAACACUGCUGGCCGAGAUCUACCAGCAAAGUCCAUAUAAUACCAUAGUGUUAAUGAUAUCAAGACUAGAGGAGGAAUUUAGACUGCACACAAUACAAACAAAUUUGCCUAAAAUAAUAAUUACGAAAAGUCACACAUGGAACCUAAAGCAAAGAUUCAAUUCGGAAAUCAUUUCGGUUAUUGUUAUGCGAAAAAGAUGGGAUCACAAAUUGUUUAAGUCACUAGUACAAACCUUGGAUUUUAUGCGCCAGACGAAAAUUCUUAUAAUUGCUCAAUGGAAUGAAACAUCCCUUGGAAGUUAUUUCAAGGAGAACGUUUUAAGCAUUAGCCAACAAUUUAGAAUGACAAAAAUUUUUUUGGCAUUUAUACCAAGAAAAGAAGGAAAAAUCAAAUAUCUGUACAACCUCAACCCUUAUCCCAGAUACCAUUGGGUCUUGAGAACCCAUUUUCUAGAACCCUUUUAUCCCCAGCACUGGCGUAAUAUGCAUCGGAAAUCCAUUAUUAUCUUUGUUGAACAAACUAUGCCUCGUGUUUUUCUCUUUUUGGAUGGACAGGGUAAACUGCAAAUGAAUGGACCUUGGGCCAGGCUGAUACUAUUGUUUGCCGAACGUUUCAAUGCCUCAUUGCAUAUGUAUAAAAGCCCCGUAUUGGAUAAAUCAACAUUUUACACCCGAAUCGCUGAAUUGAUGGAGCAAAAUCUCAUCGAUAUUCCCAUAACCACCGAUGAUGGCCACGAUGGCAAAUUUCAUUUGAACUCAGCUCCAAUUGAAGUAACGCAAAUCAAACUUAUGGUACCAUGUCCAGUACCUAUCAACACGGGAAAGCUGUACGCAAUGGUUUUGAAUUUUGAGUUUCUUUGUAUUAUUUUCAUAUCUUCUUUGGUGUUUUCCAUUAUGCAUUCCCUCAUCGAUUGUCUAUUUGCAAGAUCAUUAGAUUUUUGGAGUUUUGUUUUGAAUGACAAAGCCUUACCCAGUGUCUUGGGACAAUCGUUCAUUGCCAGCAAGUCGCCAAAUCUAAGCUUGAAGCUGUUAUAUCUUCUCAUGUUUCUUAAUGGCCUGGGUAUAAGUAUUCAAUUUGCCGUAAGAAUAAGGAUGCUCUUCACCACCCCUCCAUACCACAAACCCGUAGAUAAUUACGAUGAACUCAAUCUAUCGCCUGUGCAAAUUUUAGCCACAAACGCCAUCUACUCGGAGCCUCCUUACCCGCUUAAAAAUGUGAUGUUAACUAACAAUAAUAGCUUCUUUCAAGAGGUACGUCGAAAUUUCAAUACCUCCUAUGGCUAUUACACGACCUCUAGUGUAUGGCCGAUGUUCAAGCGACAGCAGCAGGGUCUGACCGACAAGAUAUUUUGCCUCUAUGACAACUUGACCAUUAGAUCCACUUAUUCUUUUGCUAUACGCUUACAAAAGGAUUCGGAAUACAAGGAGCCUUUGGAUUACCUUAUACAUCGGGUACACGAUUUGGGUUUAAUGGAUGCCUGGCGUAUGACUACGUUUUCGGAUAUGCUAAGGACGAAGGACAUCUCAUUGUUAAGACCAAAAGCGGUUAAUAAUGGGCCAACUACAUUGCUGGUAGGAGAUUUGUAUUCGCUUUGGACAAUAGCAGCCACAGGCUGGGCAAUAAGUGGAGUGGUGUUUCUUAUAGAGCUAGCAUUAGGACAUAGAAGAAAAAAUCUGAAGAAAUUAUUAAAUAAUUUAAAAGAAUAUACAUUUUCUUGA